CCUAACAUUGAACAGGUGCACCCUUGCUAUUUUAAAAUAGCUACCACCAGGUAGCUAGCCAGCUUGACAUCCCCACCUCUUACCUCAAUGAGAAAGGGGGUUUUAGAGUAUGGAAGUUACCCACCCUUGACAUCCUAAUCCCCACCUCAAACCGUCGCUACAAAAGCACUCCAAAGAGCAACAGGUUUGAUGUUGUGGUUCAUUCUUUUGCUCCUCUUCGUCUGUGCCGCAAACCCUAUUGUUGCGAGGCUUCGCGGGCACAAUGGGACCUUGUCUCUUUUGAUUGCCGUCCCUCUCAGUCAAGAUGGUCAGGAAGAACUGGACCCUGGAUUUUUCCAUUUGGCAGCGGCUCGAUUGGCUGUUGAUCACUUCAAUUCUCGCAACGCUUCUAUCAUCAGAGACAUGGAUCGGUAUACCCACAAUUGCACCAUCAAGUUCCAUGAAGAGCAGCUUCGUGCCGUUGACACCGGGGUAAACAGCCAUGCCGCCAUGGAGUCAGUCAUAGAACAGCUGAUGCAUGGGGGUAGUCCCCCGCCUGAUGCCAUUGCAGGGCCAUUCAACGAAAUCCCUGCCCUGGAAUUGAGUGUAUUGGCAACAGGGCUAAAAUCUCCCUUGGUGGCACACAAAUCACUUGACUAUGAUUUACUGCUGCCAAAAAGAAAUCCAUUCUUUUCCCACGUGAAUGCCGAUUCCUACAGCAAUAUGCAAUUUGUGGGAACCUAUCUCCAGCAUAUGAAGCGGACCAACUACAUUGCUGUUCUAUACUGUUCCAACCUUUCCAAUUUACAAAAUGCUGCUGUGCUGAGAAAAGUACUAGAGGAAAAAGGAUUUGAUCAAGUCCUAAUGUUCAGUUACACUCCAAACUACAUGAUUCAAGCGGAUGAGUACAGAGAGUUCUGGGAACAGCAGAGUGAUAUACAGACAGCAGUAGCACAAGUCAAGGAGAGUGGAUUUAGAACCAUUGUCUUGCUGGCCAACAUAUUGCAUGCGGAUGCGGUUGAGUUGGGUCCGGCUGUCGCAAAGGCUGGUCUAGAUCAGGGAAAACACUUUUGGGUGAUCAGAGAGGGGUCCACUUCACCCAAUAGUCAACAAAUGCAAGUCUUUCUUCAAAGCGCAAUCAACAAACACAAUGCUUCUUUUCUACAAGGAUCUCCUCACUUGUUGGCAUACGAUGGUUAUGAUCUGAAUCACGUUGAUUUCCAAGUUUAUUUAGAGCAAUUGGAUGCUGCCUUUUAUCAACGGGUUUUGGAAUUGAUGCCUGAUGUUUCUGUCUUGAAUGCCACAGAAAUUCUUCUGGAGGUAGUCAAUGAUUCACACCCACUUCAAACUUUGAGAACAAAGUUAUCAUCAGAGAUGAUUCCUGGGGCAGGUUUCAUGUAUGAUGCUGUCAUGAGUAUCGGCCUUGGGGCAUGCCUUUCCACUACUACAAAUGAUGGCAGUAGGAACGGCACAUCAACAACAAUCAUGGAUGGAGAAGAGCAUUUGAAAGCCAUUCGAUCCCUCAUCUUUAGUGGAACGACAGGGCUUAUCCAGUUCAAUAACAACAAUGGACUGAAUCCUGGGAGUAGAAUAGGAGAGACUGUCCCUUUUUCAGUGUCCACCUUAUGUCCAACUGGAGAACGAGAUGGAUUGGCUGUAACCUACGUCGAAAGCAUCGAUCCAACUCGCGGCAAAUGGGUCGACGGUGACAAAGGCAAGAUGUGUUUCCUGAAUGGAAGCGAUUCUCCGCCAGCACUUUUGCGAGAUGAGCCCAAUCAGCACUACAUCGCAGUUGCAGCUAGAGCCUUUGGACUGACACUCUUUGCCAUUUCGUUGAUCAUUGUGGGGAUCUCAUUCAUUUGGAUUGUUAACAAUCGACACCAUGCCAUUCUUGUGGCAGCUCAACCACCUUUCUUAUAUGCCCUUUGCUUUGCUUCUGGGAUACUCUCAUUCAAUAUAUUGCUGGCUGCAUUUGAUGAGAGCUGGGGCUUUGACCAGACGACCCUGGAUAGGUCUUGUGUCGCUUUCGUUUGGUUGAAUGAAUUGGGGCGAACUGGGACUUACAUAGUUAUCUUUAACAAGCUGUGGCGGGCCAAUCAAUAUCUUCGUUACAACCAGAACACAUUUGCGUUGUGGCGAGCAUUGUGGCCUGGAACUGGGGUCAUCAUAAUUACGCUGAUUUUCUUGAUAAUCUUCACCGUGAAGGCUGAAUUUGGAUGGUGGCGCAUUGAGAUUGAUGAAGUCACUGGGGAAAGCGUUGGAGCUUGCACAAGUCAGUCCGCUAGCUUGUUCUACCUCAUCCCCGCACUGUUUGUACUGAAACUAGCGACGGUCACAGCAACUGGCGUCAUGGCAUGGAGAACAAUUGGCCUGGACGAUAUGUACUCUGAUUCCAAGUGGGUCCUGGCCUUCAUGUUGACCCAAACUCUGGUCCUGCUUGUGAGCUAUCCGAUUGUCAUUAUAUUGAAUGAAAGUAACCCUUCUGGGAGGUACAUUGGGCUUUCGAUUUUGACAUUUUGCUUCCCAGCAGCGAGCAGCGGGUUGAUGGUGUUACCAAAAGCACUCAGUGUCCGCAAGAUGCAUCUUAAGGGGCGGAAUGACACAGACGCCAGUAGAUUAUCGACAGAAGUGGCCGAACAGACAGCAGACCAUCAGGGGCGCCUGAGUGACUUGCCAACACCCCGUCCAACACCGACAGGACCGGAGAUACAGAGAGUGACAUUUGAGUAGCUAACGCAUAGCAUAACCAUUUGACCUAAAAAGCACACGGUGUAGCAAGGCCGAUAAUACUAAAAGCUAAAGUCUAGGUAGUUCAUUAGUUUUUACA